GGUGCAAUCAUUCCCAGGUAUUGUGCAGAUCACCUGCAAGUAUACGGUACACACACAAGUACAGCAUGUGCUGGGGGCGAGGCGUCUGUUCACUUUCUAGCUGUAACAAUGAGAUCAUCUGGACUGAUGGCAGCAAAGUGACCUGGAGAAGAUCUGACAAAUACCAGCUCAAUGGAGACCUUGAACAGGGCGACGUGACCCUUACCAUCAUCGGGGCAACUAUGGACGAUACUGGAAAAUACUGCUGCCGAGUGGAGGUUCCAGGACUCUUCAAUGACCUAAAGGAGCAGACCGAUGUAAAGAGAGAGCAUGUGAAACAUGAGGAGGUUCUGAAUGAUCCUAGGGUUGCUCUGGUUUAUGUCCCUAAAGAAUCUACACAUCCUAAAGUCACUCACAAGGAAAUUGAGGAGAUUACAGAGAUAAAUUACAGCUUCAUUAUAAGAGUGACCAUCGUUUUUUCCCUCGCCUUCAUGCCUCUGCUCAUCUAUUCAUGCAUCAUGAAGGGGAACAGAGGCUAAGCCCUGAAUGUCUGGCCCACAUUAUAUUGGCUGCCAUUUAACACAUGUACUUUGGGCUUG